AUGAAGGAGAUGGAGAUGGAGAAAGAAAAAAAAAAGAACUUAGGAAAAGGAGAAAAGGGAGGAGGCUGGCAGAGAGGACCUAAGCAGGGAACGCUACUUGAUUUCUUCAAACUCAAAAGGGGUACGCAGAUCUUCGUAAGGACUCUGACUAGAAGAACGAUUACUCUUGGUGUUGAAUCCUUAGAGACCGUUGGCAACGUCAAAGCCAAAAUUAAGACAAAGAAGGAAUUCCUCAAAAUUAGCAAAGACUCAUUUUCGGAAGUAAACAAUUGGAAGAUGAAAGAACUUUUGCUGACUACAACAUUCAAAAGGAAUCAAUCAAUCGCUUUAUCCUCAAACUUUGAGGAAGCAUGCAUAUCUUUUUUAAUAUCUUAUCUGGAAAAACAAUUACUAAAAAACCCUUAA